AUGGAUAUCUUUAAGUGUCAAUACCUGACACAUGAAAACGAAGAAAUAAUUGGAUUCUGCUUGAAUCAGAACUGUUAAAAGGCAACACAAUAUUGUUAUGAAUGCUUAACUCAGCUUCAUUCAGAUCAUUUGAAUGAGUGUAUUCGAUUUGCUAAACUGAACUAAUUUAUAAAUGAAUUCAUAAAGGUUUAAAUUCAAUAGUGUAAAGAAUUCAAAGAAAUCUCAUCAAAAGUUUAGAAUUGUUUUGAAUAAAUUUAAAAGUUUAUGGAACAAGAUAUCGAAAAAUUAGAAUAGAUGACAAAACAACUUCAAAACAAAGAUUACUUGACUUUUAAGUCAUAAAUCAACAUAAUCAAAAAAUUUUAGUCAAAAGAAAAAGAAAAUUCAACAAGUAUCCAAUAAAUUAAUUAUAAUAGAAAAAACAAUAAUAUAAUUAAAAAAUUUAUUAGAUACUAUUAAGGAUAUUGUAGCAGAUGUAACUUUAACUGGGGAUUAAAUUAGUUAGGGAAAUUAAAAGGAUAUCAAAUUAUUAGAAAUAAAUAAAGAGAGUGAACAUAAGAAGGAAUAGAAUAUAGAAGAAUCUAACAGAUUAAAAAAAGAAGGUAUAAUGAAUUUUAUUGUAAUUAAGGAGUUGAAUUAUAUAAUUAGGGUAAAGUAAAAGAAGCAAUUGACUGCUUUGACAAAUCUUUAGCUAUAAAUCCUUAAGAUGAUAUAACAUGGAAUUGGAAGGGUAAUAAAUUGUUAAAUAUUAUUAUUAGGAUCUGCAUUAAAUAAUUUGAACAAGUACUAAGAAGCAAUUGAUUGUUAUGACAAAUCUAUAGCUAUUAAUCCUAAGAAUGAUAACGCAUGGAAUAAUAAUUUUAGAUUUCAAAAAAAUUUUUAUGUAAAUAUGUAACUUCUUAUAUUAUGAUAAGAAUUCUCAUACUCUUGCUUAUUAUUAUAAUUAUUAUCAAACAGCUCAUGUUAAUUUUAGGUAUUUUUUAAAAAGAGUAAAAUUAAUCUAAAGAGAGUGAAGUUCUAAUAUCAAUAAUUAAUUUAGAUUCUUAAUUUAAACAAGUGGAAGAAGACUAUUAAUAUAGUUUGUAUUAUGUUAGUUAGAUUUCGGUUUAAUUCUAUUUUUUUUUUGGGAGAAAAUAUCAAUAGUUAUAUUUUCAUUAUUAAUGGUUUUGA